AUGUUAAAGAUGAGGAAUAUUUAUUGUUUUUAUGGUGUAUUGCAAUUUUUUGUGAUUUUGCAAUUUUCACACACUCUGCAUCAAAACCUAAAGUAUUAUGAAACAUUGCACGUCCGUCACCUGGAGCACAACAUAGUAAAACGAGGAACUCAACACGGCAGUCACCCGUACAAUAAAAUAAACCAGGUAGAAUUUUACGCACACGGUCGUCACUUUCGGCUGAUUCUGACCCCGCGGAAGGAAGUGAUCCACUCAAAAUUCAAAGCCUACGAGGUUAAUGCCGACGGAGAGGAAAAAUCCGUUCACCUGGACCACGAGAGUUUCUACCACGGCCGCGUCUUCGGGGAACUGGAUUCUCAUGCCCAGGUUCACAUUGACGAGGGUGUUAUUACCGGCAGUAUUACUAUCUCAGACGAAACUUACCACAUUGAGCCAUCCUGGAGACAUCUUCCGCACCUCGGGAACAACUCGAUGAUUAUUUAUAAAGCUUCUGAUGUUAAGCUCAGUUGGGAGCAUGUCGAGAAUGGAGAAGGGCAUACUCAUGGCGUACCAAAAACUUGCGGGUAUAUUAAAGAAAUCGUAGAUGAUGGGGAGGAUGAUCAAGAUCAGGGUGAAGAUUUUGAAGAAGUUGAAAUCACGUUAGAAGAAGACACGGAUUAUAAUAAUGAAUCCGAUUCGGAUAAAUUAUCAAGAACAAAAAGACAAGCUGAAACUUACGAGUAUACCCCAACAAAAACCCGCUGUCCUCUAUUACUAGUAGCUGACUACAGAUUCUACCAAGAAAUGGGAGCAAGUAGCACCAAGACAACCAUAAACUACCUGAUAAGCCUAAUCGACCGAGUGCACAAGAUCUACAACGACACACUCUGGCAGGACAGAUUAGAACAGGACGGCUUCAAGGGAAUGGGAUUUGUGAUAAAAAAGAUAGUAGUCCACAGCGAGCCUACCCGAGUCCGAGGUGGAGACACCCACUACAACAUGAUCCGCGAAAAAUGGGACGUCCGUACUCUGCUGGAAGUGUUUAGCCGCGAGUACAGCCACAAAGAUUUCUGCUUGGCUCAUUUGUUCACGGAUUUAAAAUUCGAGGGCGGAAUUCUGGGUCUGGCUUACGUCGGCUCUCCCCGGAGGAAUUCCGUCGGAGGAAUUUGCACCCCAGAGUAUUUUAAAAAUGGCUACACUCUGUACCUAAACUCCGGAUUGAGCUCCAGCAGGAAUCAUUACGGGCAGCGAGUUAUCACCAGAGAAGCUGAUUUAGUGACUGCUCAUGAGUUCGGACACAAUUGGGGCUCCGAGCACGACCCAGAUGUCACUGAAUGCAGCCCCAGUGCAAGUCAGGGUGGCUCUUAUUUAAUGUACACCUACAGUGUCAGCGGGUAUGAUGUUAACAAUAAGAGAUUCUCUCCCUGCAGCUUGAGGUCCAUCAAGAAAGUCCUCCAGGCUAAAUCUGGAAGGUGCUUCAGCGAGCCUGAGGAGUCUUUCUGUGGGAAUCUUAGGGUUGAAGGUGAUGAAGAGUGUGAUGCAGGGUUGCUGGGCACUGAGGACAAUGAUGCUUGCUGUGAUAAGAAUUGCAAGCUCAGGAGGAACCAGGGUGCUGUUUGCAGUGAUAAGAAUUCUCCUUGUUGUCAGAAUUGUUUGUUCAUGAGAUUGGGGACUAAGUGCAGGGAUGCUCAGUAUGCUACUUGCGAGCAGGAGUCCAGGUGCACUGGUGCUUCCAGUGAGUGUCCAAGGUCACCGCCGAUGAAGAAUGGCACUGCGUGCUUGGAGAGGGGCCAGUGCAGGCUGGGGAAGUGUGGAAUUUGUGAAAAAACAAUCCAGGACGUAGUUGAGCGUUUCUGGGACAUAAUAGAAGACAUAAACAUCAACAAAGUGAUAAGAUUUCUAAAAGACAACAUAGUCGGAGCAGUAAUAAUCUGCACAGCUAUAAUAUGGAUCCCCGCGAGCUGCGUGGUCAGUUACAUUGACAGCCGUCGCGUGAAAGAGAACGACAAAAAAUGGAGGUGGAAGAACACGGAUCAACUUAUCCAUCCAGACGAUCAGCGACAAGUGAUUCAUGUCGGGUUACCAAGACGCCUGGAGCAAUCCAAAAUAAGAGCAAGAUCUAGUCAGUCUUUACUCGAUCAAGCUUUACAAAGUUUUGUUGAAGCUCACUUCAGCUCACCGUGGCAUUAUCAAUGUACAAACAAACGGUGUAAAAAAUCAGAACUAACUCCAGAGGUUACUUCUCCAAGAUCUUUAGAAGCUUGUCAGCUUCUUUGUGGUACAGGAUCUUUGUUACCAAUUCCCACGGGAGAUGUCUCUCUUGGCAAUUCUUUGGAAGUUAUAAACCCCAAAAAAAUAAGACUUUCCCACUUGCCGCAUCCAGAUUCAGAAAUUGGCCGGCUUUUGAAGGUUAUUGUCCAUUCUCUAAGAAGAAAUGUCAACAAACUGGGAAGAAAUGUCAGCAAACAAGACCAAAAUGAAGAUUGUAGCCUUGAAAUAAAAGUCAGAGGACUGAGUGACAACAGAACAACUUUGAGAUUAGACACAAAAGAGAGUUACUCUUUAAAGAUCCACCAACACAACAGUUCUUCAAUCCAGGUGAUCAUCAGAGGACAAAGCUACUUCGGGGUUCGAAAUGGCCUUGAAACACUGUCGCAGCUGAUCAUCUUCAACGAGCUGACUAACCAGUUCCAGGUUGCUUCAAAUGUCUCCAUCCUUGACGCUCCAGUGUAUCCUUACCGAGGAAUCCUGCUGGACACCAGCAGGAACUUCAUCAGCAAAGCAACAAUCCUCAGAACAAUAGAAGCGAUGGGAAUGUCCAAGCUGAACACCUUCCACUGGCACCUAUCAGACUCCCAAAGCUUCCCCUACGUCAGCAGAACCUGGCCGAACAUGUCCAGGUACGGAUCUUACUCUCCAGAGAAGACUUAUUCUUCAGAAGACAUCAAAGAGAUCAUCAAAUUCGGAAUUCUUCAUGGAGUCAGAGUGGUUCCAGAGUUGGACGCUCCAGGGCAUGUUGGAGAAGGCUGGCAGUGGGCUGGUGAUGACACUCUGGCUUGCUUUCGUGCGCAACCCUGGAAUAAAUUCUGCCAGGAGCCUCCUUGUGGUCAGCUUAAUCCAGUUAGUGAUAAAGUCUACGAAAUCCUGGGUGGACUUUACAAAGACCUCCUGGAGGAUUUCAGGCCUGAGAUUUUCCAUAUGGGAGGAGACGAGGUCAAGACUAGUUGCUGGGCUUCCUCAGAGUCUAUUCGCACCUGGAUGACCAAUAAGGGAUGGAGCUUGGAUGACAAUGGCUUCAUGAAGCUUUGGAUGUAUUUUCAAGAACUGGCUUUUGAGAAACUUAAUUCGGGAGGGAAAAAAAUUGAAAAGGCUGUUUUGUGGACCAGUUCGCUGACUGAUGAAGAGUAUUUGAAAUUUUUGGAUCCGAGGAAGGUCGAAGCUUGGAUUGGUGAAGGAUCCAACUGGUGCUCACCUUACAAAGGCUGGAAGAAGAUAUACAAUAAUUCUCCUUUGAAUAUCGCCCGGCAUCAUGGAGUAGAAAAUAAGACUCAUUUAAUUUUAGGUGGCGAAGCUGCGCUGUGGACGGAACAAACUGACAGCGCUUCUGUAGACUCACGCUUGUGGCCAAGAUCGGCAGCUCUGGCGGAAAGAUUGUGGGCUGAGCCGGAAACUUCUUGGAGAAGCUUCGAACAACGGAUGCUUCUUCAUCGCGAGCGAUUAGUUAAACGAGGAAUUAGGGCUGAUAGCUUAGAACCUGAGUGGUGUAGAAUAAAAUAA